AUGUCAGCCAGAGGGAGGCCGCGGGGCCUCCAUCUACGCCACGGCUGCCUCUCGCGGCAACAACAGCUGCGACUGCUGAACCACUUCAUCUCCAAAGCUCCCCAACCAACCGGGCAACCCAUACCCUCUCACUUCACCCUCGCCGUGAAAGACAACAUCGCCACCACCAGCGCCCUCCACCCCUCCCCGUCUUCCGAUCCACCACCACCAGCACUAGCAGCAGCAGCAGCACUGCCGACAACAUGCGCCUCGCCCUUCCUCUCAACCUACCGCUCCCCCUUCGAAGCAACCAUCGUGGCCCAGCUCCGCGCGCGGGGCGCCCGCCUCGUGGGGAAGACCAACCUGGAUGAGUUCGGCAUGGGCAGCCACAGCACGCACUCGGCUUUCGGCGCCGUAUCACAACAGCCAUCACAGCCUCCACAACCACAACCCUCACAACCUUCACAACCAGAGUCAGCAGCAUCACUAUUAUCAUCAUUAUUAUCAGCGGGCGGCAGUUCCGGCGGGAGCGCCGUGGCCGUCGCAGCGGGCGAGGCCGACGUUGCGCUGGGCACCGACACGGGCGGGUCGGUGCGCCUGCCGGCGGCGUAUUGUGGCGUGGUCGGGUUCAAGCCGUCGUACGGGAUGCUGUCGCGGUUCGGGGUGGUGCCGUACGCGAACUCGUUGGAUACGGUGGGGUUGUUGGCCGGCGGGGUGGGGAGGAUCAGGGAGUUGAUUGUUGGCGGAGGCGGAGGGGAAGAAGGGGGUGACAACCAAGGGUUGUGGGGCGAGUGGGAUGAGAAGGAUCCGACGAGUCUGUCUCUGUCGGCCAGGAGGAGGUGCGCGAGAGAGAGGGAGGGGUACUACUAUCCUCGUCUGGAGCAAGAGAGAGAGGUGGGGGAGGUGUUGAGGACAGUCACGUUUGGGAUACCGCUGGAGUACAACAUUGAGGAGCUCGAUCCGAGGAUACGGGACGGCUGGGCGAAAGUGGCCAAGACGUUGCAGCAUGAAUUUGGGGCGCGCGUGGUGCCGGUUUCGCUGCCUUCGACGAGGCACGCGCUGUCGGCGUACUACGUGAUCGCUCCCGCUGAGGCGUCCUCGAACCUGGCCAAGUAUGACGGGAUUCGGUAUGGCACGAGAGAUACGGACUCGGCGAGUGAUGCUGCCGGCGGCGUCCUCUACGCCGCCAGCCGCGGUAGGGGCUUCGGGGACGAGGUCAAACGGCGCAUCCUGCUGGGCUCGUACACGCUCAGCUCCGAGGCCAUGGACAACUACUUUAUCAAGGCGCAGCGGGUGCGCCGGCUGGUGCGGAGGGACUUCGACCGCGUGUUUGCGCUGGACAAUCCGCUCCACGAGAAGGAGACGUUCGACCUUGCCGAUCUGGACGAGAGCAUUGCCAUGGAAGACAAGUGGGGCCCUGAGGAGGUGGACUUCCUGCUUUGUCCUACGGCGCCGACACUGGCGCCGAAGCUGGGGGAUGUCAUGAACCAGACGCCCGUGGAUGCCUACAUGAACGAUGUGUUCACGGUCCCCGCCAGCCUCGCGGGAUUGCCCGCCAUCAGCAUACCGAUGCCCUUGUCGGAGACGGCAGGUGACCGCACCCGGAGGUCUGACACGGCAGGACUGCAGCUGAUCGGGCAGUAUUGGGACGACGCGCGGCUGCUUGCCGUGGCGGAUGCCAUAUUCAAGACCAUCGAAACGACUACCUCGACGAGGUGACAACGCAAGGGUUGUCAACCGCUGGCAGAAAAAUCAUGAGCUCAAACACUGAGCAAGAAACAACAAAAUCCGCUUGUUUAGACGGAGGCAACCGCAAGACAAAGUACAAAAAAGCGUGGAACGUGGGCGGAGGGAGGUCGGAGAGACCAACGAGCAGCUACGCCGCGCCAGGGACUGUAUUCAAUGUAUGUACGUGUAUUGUACAUACUUGCACAAUAUGAUGACAG